CUGGCCAGCUCCAAGCACGGGUGCGAGAGAUUUGGGUGCUUCCCGGGAAGAGGCGGGAAGAGAAUGCCAACAACAUGCCCAAGCAGGUGGAAGUACGAAUGCACGACAGCCAUCUCAGCUCAGAGGAGCCGAAGCACCGACAUCUAGGCCUGCGUCUGUGUGACAAGCUGGGGAAGAACCUCCUGCUCACAUUGACUGUGUUCGGUGUCAUCCUGGGGGCAGUAUGUGGAGGGCUUCUUCGCUUGGCAUCUCCUCUCCACCCCGAUGUGGUCAUGUUGAUAGCCUUCCCAGGGGAUAUACUCAUGAGGAUGCUAAAAAUGCUCAUUCUCCCUCUCAUCAUCUCCAGCUUAAUCACAGGGUUGUCGGGCCUGGAUGCUAAAGCCAGUGGGCGCUUAGGCACAAGAGCCAUGGUGUAUUACAUGUCCACAACCAUAAUUGCCGCGGUGUUGGGGGUCAUCCUGGUCUUGGCUAUCCACCCAGGGAACCCCAAACUCAAGAAGCAGCUGGGACCUGGGAAGAAGAAUGAUGAAGUGUCCAGCCUGGAUGCCUUCCUGGAUCUUAUUCGAAAUCUCUUUCCUGAAAACCUGGUCCAAGCCUGUUUUCAACAGAUUCAAACGGUGACCAAGAAAGUCCUGGUGGCUCCUCCAUCAGAUGAGGACAGCAAUGCCACCAAUGCUGUCAUCUCCUUAUUGAACGAGACUGUGACGGAGGCCCCUGAAGAAGUGAAGGUGGUUAUCAAGAAGGGCCUGGAGUUCAAGGAUGGCAUGAAUGUCUUAGGUCUGAUAGGGUUUUUCAUUGCUUUUGGCAUCGCCAUGGGGAAGAUGGGAGAGCAGGCCAAGCUGAUGGUGGAGUUCUUCAACAUUUUGAAUGAGAUUGUAAUGAAGUUAGUGAUCAUGAUCAUGUGGUACUCUCCCCUGGGUAUUGCCUGCCUAAUUUGUGGAAAGAUCAUUGCAAUCAAGGACUUAGAAGUGGUUGCUAGGCAACUGGGGAUGUACAUGAUCACGGUGAUUGUGGGCCUCAUCAUCCAUGGGGGCAUCUUUCUCCCCUUGAUUUACUUUCUAGUCACCAGGAAAAACCCUUUCUCCUUUUUCGCUGGCAUUUUCCAAGCUUGGAUCACUGCCCUGGGUACCGCUUCCAGUGCCGGAACUUUGCCUGUCACUUUCCGUUGCCUGGAAGAAAAUCUGGGGAUUGAUAAGCGCGUGACCAGAUUUGUCCUCCCAGUGGGAGCAACCAUCAACAUGGACGGCACAGCCCUUUAUGAAGCAGUGGCCGCCAUCUUUAUUGCCCAAAUGAACGGUGUUAUCCUGGACGGAGGCCAGAUUGUGACUGUGAGCCUCACGGCCACGCUGGCGAGCGUCGGUGCGGCCAGUAUCCCCAGCGCAGGCCUCGUCACCAUGCUCCUCAUCCUGACGGCUGUGGGCCUGCCAACGGAGGACAUCAGCCUGCUGGUGGCUGUGGACUGGCUGCUGGACAGGAUGAGAACUUCAGUCAAUGUGGUGGGGGACUCAUUUGGGGCUGGGAUUGUCUAUCACCUCUCCAAGUCUGAGCUGGAUACUAUUGACUCCCAGCAUCGAGUGCAUGAAGAUAUUGAAAUGACCAAGACUCAGUCCAUUUAUGAUGAUGUGAAGAACCAUAGGGAAAGCAACUCUAAUCAAUGUGUCUAUGCCGCACACAACUCUGUCAUAGUAGAUGAGUGCAAGGUAACUCUGGCAGCCAACGGAAAGUCAGCCGACUGUGGUGUUGAAGAAGAACCUUGGAAACGUGAAAAAUAAGAAUAUGACUCUCAGCAAAGUUUUGAACAAACUCCCCAGCGUGUCUUAUGGUAAAAGAGAAUAUAAACAAGCUGUCUUUAAAAAAGGAAAAAAAAUGCAUCUAUUUCUGUGUUUACUUAAUCUGCUAGCUGAGGCUUCGAGGAUCUGUUGUGAGUCAGUGAUAGGCGCGUUGCUGUGUCCUUGCCAAGUGAUGCUUUGUAACUGCCUCAUUUUCUCACCUGUAUUAUUCUUUGAAGGGAGGCUGCUGGAGGAAUCAGUUUGAAUUGAAGACACAUUCUUGCCAGCUUCCCUGUGCUCUCUAAAUGCAGAGCCUUGAAUGCUCUUAUCCCAGGGGACAUGACUAAAGCAAUGUGGUACACUCCGAGGACUUGGGAUAACGAGCAGACACUCAGUGUGUGAUUCCUUCCAGUGUUCUCCAUGUUUCUGCUUUGUUAUGCACAAGAGAUUCUGUUUGAAGCCUCUAGAAGUAAUUCUCCUGAAAUGUCUCGUAGAGUUUGCCCAUGUGUUGAUUAAAAGCAAAUUCCCUGUCUUCAGGAACUCUGAGAAUCUAUCUUCCGUGUACUCUUUAAAUAUUUCAAAGAGAUUUGUAGUGGGAACUGUGAUCUUCGAGGCAGCUGAUUACGGAACCCACUGAGUUUCUGCUCUAUCCUAUCCAGUCUGGGGAAAUAAUUAUUGAAAUUUCAAAGUAUGUUUCAUAAUUUGCUCUCCAUUUGAUAACAGAUUAGGAUGUAAUUGGCAUAUACAGAGGCUGCUGUACCUGUUGACAAACAUAAGAGAGCACAGCCAACGUUAACUUUAACCAGGUUCAAAUAUUCAAAUUUGUUUGUGUUUGGUUUGUAUUCACCUGGCAUAGGGACAUCAAGUGAGAUUAUUUGAUCUAUGCUUUACUUUCUUUGUUUCAGCUGUAAAAUUCUAAUUUGGAUUUCUAACAAAAAAGACAUUUGUAAUCCCCACAUUCUUUCAAUCCCAGACUCAUUAACCGAGAAGGCCCCAUCAUUUUUACUCUCCUCACCCAUAGAGGACAGUUAUGUUGGCUGUGCCUCUUUUAAUACCACCUCUUGAU